AUGAAUGUGGAUGCAUCCGCCAGUGGCCGCCAUGAGGCGGACCUCAUGGCGGCGCAGAUCCCGCAAGGCAUGGCGCCAAAUGGGCAGGAGCAGGAGCAGCAGCAGCAGCAGCAGCAGCAGCAGCAGCCGCAGCAUAAGCAGCAGCAGGAACAGAAGCAGCAUUCCCAAGCAUCAGGCGUGGCUAGGCAGCCGCUGCAGCCGUUGCAGCUCGCCUCUGCUGGCACCGCCGGGCCCGCGCCCAAAGCUAACACUGCGGGCACCACGCUGCAGAGCGGCUGCCCCAAAAGCGCAGUCGCCGCCACCGCUGAUGUCAUCGUAAUAUCAGACGCCAGCGAGGACGACGACGACGCGCAGCCGCAGCGGCCGCAGCUGCAGCAGCGCGGCGUACGGCAGAGUGAGGGGCCGCCGGAGGGCCUCGCUGGCGGGCGGGAGGUGGUGGUGCUGGAUGGGGAGAGCUCGGAAGACGAGCAGGCACCGCCAGCAGAGGGGCAGGAACAAGGAGUUGUGGAGGCACAGCAGAGGGGAGGGGCGGCAGAGCAACUGCGUGGGGCGGGUUCGGAGGAGGCGGCCGAGGGGGCGGAGGAGGAGGAUCAAGAGGAGGAUGAGUGGGAGGAGGAGGAGGAGGAAGAGUGCGACUGGGCUCUGCAGAUCUGGGAAGCCUUGCAGGGGCAUGGAGAGCCCGCGGGCGCCUUCGCCUGCAGUGGCCGCCUGGGGUCCUGCGGCCUGCCGGCGGCCCGCCCCUCGAUCGAGGUCGCCGGGGUCGGCCGGCUGGCGCUGCCCCUGAGCGCCGAGGGCGCGGCGGCGCUCAAGGCGGCGUGCGAGCAGGCGCCCUACGGCAAGGGCAUGGACACGGUGGUGGACACCACCGUGAGGGACGCGCUGCAGGUUGGGCCUGAGCAAAUCACGAUUGGCAAAGAGUGGGACCCCGUGCUGACGGCGCUGGUGCAGUCUGCGGCGGGCGCGAUAGGCGUGGAGGGGCCGGCGCUGGGUGCGGUGGGGGCGCGGCUGUACAAGAUGCUGCUUUACGAGGAGGGAGGCCACUUCCUGGAGCACCAGGACACGGAAAAGGAGGCCGGCCAGUUUGCCACCCUCGUGGUGCAGCUGCCCUGCGCCGGCGGCCACCGCGGCGGCGCGCUGCGCGUGCGCCACAAGGGCGCCUCCGUCAAGGUCGACUUCGAGCGGGCCAGCCAGGAGGAAGCUGUCGAGUAUGCGGCCUUCUACACCGACUGCCACCACAAGCUCUCCCCCAUCACUGCCGGGCGGCGGCUGGUGCUGGUGUACAACCUCGUUUGGUCCGGCCCCCCCGCCGCCGCGCCCCGCCCGCGCCGCGACCCCGCCGCGUCGCAACUCCGCGCCGCCGCGCGCGCGUGGGCCGCGUCCGGCGACAGCGGCCAGCGGCUGGCGCUGCCGCUUGAGCACGUGUACACGUCUGCAAACCUGGGCCGGGCGCGGCGUGAGGCGCUCCGGUUUGGCGGCGACUCGCAGGUGAUCGACUCGGAAGUGAGGACGAUGAUGUGGAUCGGCCGCGACGGCACGCGUGUUGACUAUGGUCAAAUCAAUGAGGAGGCCGACUUCUACUCCGGCCCCGACGGCCCCGAGCUGUUUGACGAGGACGCCGACCCUGAUGAUGAGAACUAUGAGGGCUACACAGGAAACGCGGGCGUCGUGUCGGAGGUCGCGGCGGCGCUGCGCGCGCUGCGCGGCGCCGCCGGCGUCGCCGCGCUCGACAACGCCGCCGAGUCGCUGCUGCGGCGCUCCGCGCCGGCGCAGGCCGCGGCGUGCGCGACGCUCGUCUCCCUGCUCGCGCCGCCGCCCGGCGCCGCCGCCGACGCCGCCGUCGCCGCGCUGCACGCGCGGCUCAGCGCGGCGCUCGCCGCCGAGGUGCUGUCGCCGCAGGGCCUCUCGCGGCAGCACGUGUCUGCGCUGCCCUGCUUGGUCAGUUGGGUCCUCUCCUCCGACGCCCUCCGCGCGCCGGCGCUCGCGGCGCUCGCCGCGCACUGCGCGGCGCUGCCGGCCGGCGCGCCGCAGGCGCUGCACGCGCUGCUCGCGCUGCCGGCGCUGCGCGCGCGGCUGGCGCUGCCCGAGGUUGCGGCGGCCGAGGCGCAGAUCGUCGAGGCGCUGACUCGAGACGCCUCCCUGGCAUUCCAGCGUGACUCCGAGAUCUGUAUUUUGAUCGACUAUAUCUUGAAGAGCGACGCGCACCGCGCCGCGCGCCUGUCGCCGCUCGCCGCGCACUGCGUCGCGCGCCAAGGCGCCGCGGAGCUGCUGCGGACGCUGCUGCGCCUGCCGUCGCUGCGGGCGCGCGGGGCGCUGCCGGGGGUCAGGGCGCUCGCGGCGGCGCGCGUGGCGCAGCUGGAGGCGCGGCGGGCGCCGGAGUUCAGCUGGCGGCAGCCGGCCGCGUCGCUGCCGGGAUACCCCCAGGUGGAGCUGUUCCUGCGUGGCCCCCAGCAGAGCGCGACCUUCCACCUCUUCAACGGCAUCGCCCACGCGCGCAACUGGGCCAACAAAUACUUCACACACGCCGCCAUCUGCACCUACAGCGCCCAGGCCGUCCCCGGUGGGCGCGGCGGGGGCGCCUACUGCACAGUCACCAAGACGCGCGCCCUCUUCCAGCGGGAGGCCGCCCUGCACAAAGAGCUGAUGGCAGAGCUCGAGGAAGCGCGCGACCUGCUGCGCGGGUGA